GCAAGGGGCGUGGGUAGCGAGUGGUGACGCGCGCUCCUCCGUUCCCUUCAGGCGCGGGCGGGCUAGGUGCGCGCGCUGGGGAGCAGCGGUUGCGCGGCGCCCCUAGAGCUGUGGGCACCAAUCAACGGUUGCUAUAGCAGCGUUUGACGUCAUCGUGCGUGUGGUGCCCCUGCUGCCGGGGCUGGUGAUUGGAGGAAACCCCGUGUCUGCGGAGCGGCUGUAGCCUGUGAGCAGCGAGAUCCAGGGACAGAGUCUCAGCCUCGCCGCCACCGCCCAGAGACUGCUGCGCCCGUCCGUUCGCCGCCACCCACCCGAGACACAGAACAUCCAGGCAUGGAUAAAAACGAGCUGGUGCAGAAGGCCAAACUGGCCGAGCAGGCUGAGCGAUAUGAUGACAUGGCAGCCUGCAUGAAGUCUGUAACUGAGCAAGGCGCUGAAUUAUCUAAUGAGGAGAGGAACCUUCUCUCCGUUGCUUAUAAAAAUGUUGUAGGAGCCCGUAGGUCAUCUUGGAGGGUUGUCUCAAGUAUCGAGCAAAAGACGGAAGGUGCUGAGAAAAAGCAGCAGAUGGCUCGAGAAUACAGAGAGAAAAUUGAGACUGAGCUAAGGGAUAUCUGCAACGAUGUACUGUCUCUUUUGGAAAAGUUCUUGAUCCCCAAUGCUUCACAAGCGGAGAGCAAAGUCUUUUAUUUGAAAAUGAAGGGAGACUACUACCGUUACUUGGCCGAGGUUGCUGCUGGUGAUGAUAAGAAAGGGAUUGUGGAUCAGUCACAACAAGCAUACCAAGAAGCUUUUGAAAUCAGCAAAAAGGAAAUGCAACCAACGCACCCUAUCAGAUUGGGUCUGGCCCUUAACUUCUCCGUGUUCUAUUACGAGAUUCUGAACUCUCCAGAGAAAGCCUGUUCUCUGGCAAAGACAGCUUUUGAUGAAGCCAUUGCUGAACUUGAUACAUUAAGUGAAGAAUCAUACAAGGACAGCACGCUAAUUAUGCAAUUACUGAGAGACAACUUGACAUUGUGGACAUCGGAUACCCAAGGAGAUGAAGCUGAAGCAGGAGAA